AUGUCCUUUUUCACAGCGGAGAAGUUUCCAUCGUCAUCAAAAAAUAAUGACGCGGAGUAUCGAUCGAUCGCGAGUACCGUUUCAACGAAAACGAGAACAGAGGAGGUAGAGAAGAAAGAGAAGGAUGAAGAGGAGAAGGAGGAGGAGGAGGAGGAGAUGGAAGAGGGACGAGUUUAUCCAAACAACCAGGAGAGAGAGAGAGAGAGGAGGAAAGGCGUCUCUCUCACCCGGCACGAACGCGGCAAGGCCGAGAGAAGGAACAGUAAAAUUGUGGAGAAUGUGUACGCGCCAUCAGGGUGGCCUAGAUUCGGUCAAGACCUGCUUUCUAGGCAGCAUUUCUCUUUAUCACCGGCUACGCCGGUGUACAACUCUCUGUCUCUCUCUUUCUCU